AGGUGUGAUGUGACAGGUAGCUUCACGAGGCGCUCUUCUCCUCUGAGGCAUCCCUGUUUUCUCUCUCUUUAGUCCUCAAAUGCUCGACUCUCACCGCCGGCACAAACAGAGCAUGUCGAGGCCCGGUGCAUGUUAACAGCGCAUGUUGAUAUGAGGACAGAGAGAUAAAAGCGAGCGAGCUGUCCGAGUCCCACUUAAGUUAAAUGGAGUGAUGAUGUUUGCUGUUGAUUGAAGACCACACCAAAAAACAAAAUGAAGAGGAGGCUGCUUCGUGGUUUCCUGUCGGAGGUUUCCAUCCGGAUGGCUCUGUUGGUUGUGUUCCUUGUGACGGAGCAGCUUCCUCCUUUCUACCGUGAGAUCCAGCCAGAGGAGAUGUGGUUGUAUAAAUUCCAUCGUGUGGAGAAUGACCACGUGCCCACGUCUCUCAUGUUUAGUGUGGCGGUUUUCACCCCGCUGAUUGUAAUCCUGGUUUUCGCCUUUCUGAAGAAGUCAGAGCGAGGAGACCUUAAAGAGGCCACUCUGGCUGUGACUUUGACUCUUGUGCUGAAUGGAGUUUUCACCAACGUCAUCAAACUUGUCGUUGGAAGGCCACGGCCAGACUUCUUCUAUCGCUGUUUUCCAGAUGGUCAGAUGAACCUGGAGUUGCGCUGCAGCGGUGACCCAGAUAUUGUCAUGGAGGGCAGGAAGAGCUUUCCCAGCGGACACUCCUCCUUUGCCUUUGCAGGUUUGGGUUUCACAGCGCUGUACGUCGGAGGAAAGCUACGUUGCUUCAAUACAGUGGGCCAAGGCAGAGCGUGGCGGCUGUGCGCUUUCCUCACACCUUUACUCAUCGCAACAGCGAUUGCCCUCUCCCGAACCUGUGACUACAAACACCACUGGCAAGAUGUAUUAGUGGGUUCUCUGCUGGGUCUCGCCUUCGCCUGGCUCUGUUACAGACAGCACUACCCUCCACUUCAAGACCUUGACUGCCACAGACCUCUGCGUCACAGAGAGACUGUUUCCGCCGCACAGGAGCGCAAACUGGCCAACUCCAACUACAUCCUGCCCCUGUAGAGCAGCUGUAACUAGAUCAUACUCUUUACUGGUGUCAUUUAUUCUGGGUUACACGGCAUUCCUUCUCAUUCUGGUUUUUGCACCCUUAGGGCUGGGCAGAACAUUAAUAGUUAUUGUUUAUCAUUUAAACUGUAUUAUGGCAAUUUUCUUUUUGUAGGGUGAUACAUCACACAUGGCUGAUUUCUUCAACCAAAAUGUCAAAUUUCUUCUGAAUAGUUCCUUAAACACUUGAGAGUUGUGGUAAAUAACAACUCCAGUUUAACAGUCUAACAUGGUGGACUUCCGCUACAUAAACAACUUACAGACAUUAGUAUAUAUGGCAUUUAACAAUAUUUGAGGGCCCGAUGAAUUCAUUAGAAUCCAUCCAUAUAGCCCAGCCCUACAUACCCUGUGUAUUGUGCCUAUAGAUCACAUGACUUUAAGUACAACAGCUGAGCAGGUCACAUAUAUAAGCACUGCACUAAUGGUCCACUGCCUGUCAACCACUGGCUCAGCUGCUGUGGAUCAGUUCUUCAUGUCGGGUCACUUUUUUCUGACUGUUUUAUAAACGUUUCGAGAAGUAUUGUAUGUUUGAGCAUGGAUGUUCAUCCCUGACCUUUUGGCUCAACAAUGAUUUGGCAAUAAAUCAGUUAGUUAAUCGACAGUACUUUUGAUAAUUGAUUAGUCCUUGAUGUCAUUUAUCAAUAAUGAUAUCAAACAUUUACAAGGUGGUUGAUUUGCAGAUUUUUUAACACGGUAAAUUGAAAAAAAUAAAAAAUCACCUAAAUACAAAACAACAAAGACGGCCAGAUCAAGAAGAACAUCCUAGCACCCACCAUACAUGAGCACUUGAUAUCAUGUGCCUGAAUGUUUAUAUUUAGUAUGCUCCAGUCACUAAAGAAGAUAGAGAUAAGGUUCUGCACAGGUUAUCUGCACCAUAUAGUAUUUGAAAUAAGAGGUGUUUAUGUGGGCCGUUCAUAUCUAAACAUAGGGGUGGACGAUAUGGAUAAAUAAUCCUCUGUCGAUGCAUAUUACCAACUCUAUAAUUAAUAUAAAUGAUCUAAUUAAAAAUCUGUUUAGACAAAAUUAUCUCACAGGAAUGAAUGUGUUUUGUCUCAUACAAGCAGAAUAAGACAUUAUAAUAUUAUAAGGUUCUACAUUUUUUAUUGUCAAUAAAUUCUAUGAAAAGGCCAAACCUGUCUGUGGCCCCUAGCCCAUUCAGUCCUACUAAAGGCACAACAUUUAAACAAAAUUUGUUUUGGGAGAACAGUGGCACAGAGGAAAAGGAUACCCAAGGACAAUAUCUAUUGGUAGAAUCGAUUCAUUGUUGAUUCUGGUCUUUUUAUUGCAUUUGUUGACAAUAACAAGAAAGCAAAGCUAAAGAAAAGUACAUUGUACGGCUCCUAUCUGAAAGUGUCUCUUUGGUUGCCUUUAUGUGUAAAACAGGUUAUUCAAAACCACUUUUUAUUUCUUUGAUCUCCACCGUUCUGCUCUGCUGCCUUUGUCCUGAAUGCUUUAAAUCUCUUUGUCUUCCUCUAUUAUAUUUUUAAUGUUUCCAUUCACAGAUAUUCUUGAUUAAUCGGGUCCUGAGUUUAGCGCCCUGAUGUAGCAUUUCCUCUCAUCUCUUCUCGCAGAUGUAACUGUAGUUUCUUUGUGACAAACACAAAUGAUAAUCAAGUCUCAACAGCACAUGUGUUAAUAUUACCACAAGUUAAUAUGAGAGUAAAAGAACUAUGAGAUAAAUGUUUUCCUAUGUCAGUGGUCUCAGGCUUAUUGUAGUUCGGGUUCUCAUUACUGCACAGUCUCACGGCUCCUCCGCCAACCCGUCUAAAGUGUGAAUGUUCAGCAGAGGUGGAGAGAUGUGGUGCACAGGGGUUGGUUGUUGGAGUGACGGUAGAACCAGAUCUUUCUGAUGAACCUGAGUGAGAUCACUGUAACCUCUCCAGGUAAUGGUGCUAGCCUCCCAGUGCUCCUGCUGGUCAGGUUUUCUAUCCUGUUAAUAGUUUUAUCAGCACGUAAAGUUUGGUGGGAUUUUUUUUUUUUUUGUCAGUUUUUCUGGUAGUUCUCAUCAACUUUCAUUUAUGAUUGUGAACUUUGGGUUUCAAUUUCACUCUGUUUUAUCUUUCCAUUAAUGUUUGGUUGGUUGGUUGCUUGGUUUUUAACUUUGAAAAAAAAAACAUGUCAACUUUAACAAAGAUAUGACUGUUUUUACAGACUGAAACCUCUUAUGUUUAUGUUUCAUGUGAAACCAGCCAAAGUUUUGCAGGGUCAAAGCACUUUUGCUCAUCGCUGUGAAUCAAGCUUAAAGCAGCUUGAUCACAGUGGUUUUAGACCAAACUUGGCAGAAAAAAACAGAUGAAUUUGUGCCUUUGUUUGCUACAUUACUUUAUUACCCUUAGUUAAUGAAUGAAGUAUAUACUGCAUGUACAGUGUACACUCUCUGUCAUGUUGUAGACACAACUUUGUUCUCUUUAUGUUUUGGUUUUUUUUAUUCACUUUACAGUGUAUAGGAUCAGUUGGGAAGAUAGUACAUGAUAUUUAAAUGUGGCAUGCUGCCUUUCUUUACCUCAGAAAAAAAAUGUUCCAUGAAUUCUGUUGCCGAUGGAGUCAAAUGUGUGGAUUUCUGGGUGUAAAAUUUACAACUACAUGAGUAGCAAAAAGGAGAAAGUUUGCUAUUUUAAACAUUUUGAGACAAAUGAUAUCUUAAUUUACUCAAUCUUACAGGUAUUUAUGUGAUGAUGUACAGGUCUAAGUGUAUUUAAUUUUGGGGCAUGUAGGAGUUUACUUGAAUUUUGAAUAUUUGUUUGUUUACCUUAAAUGUAAUAAUGUUAUUUCAUGAAAAUAGGUCUCACUUUGUGGGCACGUGGGUU